CGCGUGCGCAAUAUGUAAACCACCCACCCGGCCACUAUCAAUCGAUCAGAGAGUGGAAGAUGGGGGUAAAUCGAGUCUGUGGGGCUAGAUCGAUCACCGAAAAACUCGAUUGAAGGAAUUCAACGGAUGGUGUUAAAAUAGUACAAAACAACACCAUAACAAGCGUUUGGAGCGGGAAAUUCAGCGAUCAUCAAGAGGUAUUUUGAAUGAUGGACUUUCCCUGGCACAGUGGCAAGGUUUUGGAACAGCUCAACCGCCAGCGCCAGCUGGGACUGCUGUGUGACUGUACCUUCGUGGUGGACGGGGUGGACUUCAAGGCCCACAAGGCCGUGCUCGCUGCCUGCAGCGCCUACUUCCACACCCUCUUUCUGGACCAGAAGGAUGUGGUGCACCUGGACAUCAGCAAUGCAGCAGGUUUGGGCCAAGUCCUUGAGUUCAUGUACACGGCCAAGCUUAGUCUGAGUUCUCAGAAUUUGGAAGAUGUGGUGGCAGUGGCCACAUUCCUUCAGAUGCAGGAGAUAGUCAAUGCCUGCUCUGCUUACCAGUCGCUGGCUGUCUCCACAACAUCCCAGUCAAUACAAGACUUAAAUGACAACAAGAUUGAGGAAGGAGAGCAGAACAUAGAGAAGGUGCCAUCAGAGACAUGGUCACAUGACGAGGAGAUGCUAAAAACAGCAGAUGACGGAGGGUCAAAGGGCGUUCAGGAGGACCCGAACGAGACCACCCCAGACGAUGGACAGAUCAACAGUAAGACCCCCGACAAACCCAACCCACAGACCCCGGGGAGAGGAAGACCCUCCAAAACCUCCAACUACGCCGCACCAAGAAAAGCCACAGCAGAGAGAGAGGAGAUGGAGGUGGAGAGCCCUACUAAAGAUGUGCCUGAGUGUCAAGAUGACCACUCGGAUGUGGACUACACUCCCAAGUUUCCAUUCAAGUCUGAAGCCGGUAUAUCUUACAUGAGUACCAGGAGAAGAAGGACAAGGAGAGCUCCUCAUCGCAACCACUCUCAGGAUAAUGACUCCGAUGAGGGGAACAGCACAUCAAAGACGGUAAAUGAAGAAAAAGAGGUUGAAGAGGGUGAGAUGGAUGAGGAUGAAGAAGAGGGAGGUGGUGAGGAGGAUGAAGAAGAGGAGGAUGAGGGAGAAGAUGGCCAGGGGACGGAGAGCGAAGAGGAGAGGAAGCAGCUCCAGUCGGGUGCCGUCACCGACCGCACCGAGUCACGGUCCUACGGCUCUGUGACGCACAAGUGUGAGGACUGUGGAAAGAAGUUCACCCACACGGGUAACUUCAAAAGACACAUCCGCAUUCACACAGGAGAGAAACCUUUCAGCUGCCGUGACUGCCACAAGGCCUUCUCCGACCCGGCUGCCUGCAAGGCUCACGAGAAAACACACAGCCCCCUGAAACCCUACAGCUGCUCCUCGUGUGGGAAGAGCUACCGGCAGAUCAGCCUGCUCAACCUGCACCGGAAAAGGCACACAGGCAAGGCCCGAUACAGCUGCAAGGACUGUGGCAAGCUCUUCACCACGUCUGGCAACCUGAAGCGCCACAUUCUGGUGCACAGUGGCGAGAAGCCGUAUCACUGCAACUACUGCGACCGGGCCUUCUCCGACCCCACCGCUAAGAUGCGCCACCUGGAGACCCACGACGCAGACAAGGGCCACAGCUGUCCACACUGCGAUAAGCGGUUCAACCAGACUGGGAAUCUAAAGGCUCACCUGAAGAUCCACAUCACAGACGGCCCUCUGAAGUGCAAAGAGUGUGGCAAACAGUUCACCACUUCCGGGAACCUGAAGAGACACCUGCGCGUGCACAGUGGGGAGAAGCCCUAUAUCUGUAUGCACUGCCAGAGAGCUUUCGCUGACCCAGGGGCACUGCAGAGACACGAGCGCAUACACACAGGGGAGAAGCCGUGUCUGUGCCGGAUCUGUGGGAAGGGGUUCACCCAGGCCAGUUCACUCAUUGCUCAUGUCCGCCAGCACACCGGAGAGAAGCCCUAUGUCUGCGACCGCUGUGGCAAAAGGUUUGUCCAGUCCAGUCAGCUGGCCAAUCACAUCCGUCACCAUGAUAACAUCCGGCCACACAAGUGUCACAACUGCAAAAAGGCGUUUGUCAACGUCGGGGACCUCUCCAAGCAUAUCAUCAUUCACACAGGAGAGAAGCCCUUCCUGUGUGACAAGUGCGGUCGCGGGUUCAAUCGUGUCGACAAUCUACGCUCCCACGUCAAGACCGUCCACCAGGGUAAGGCUGGGAUGAAGCGCCUGGUGGUUGCCGGGGGUGACAGUGAUGACGGGGGUGACGGGUUCCAUGGCGGGUCGGCCUCGGAGAUGGACGAAAAUGAGAUCAACAUAGUCACUGUCACCACCGAGGACAUCGUCACCCUGGCGACGGAGGCCCUGGCUGGCAGCACUGUGUCCCAGCUGACAGUGGUGCCUGUGGCUGCAUCAGUGUCAGCAGAUGAGACGGAGGCUCUGAAAGCUGAGAUUGCGAAGGCUGUGGAGAAGGUGCAGGAAGCAGACCCCAACACUCAGAUCCUGUAUGCAUGCGACUCUUGCGGUGACAAGUUCCUGGACGCCAGCUCACUGGCCCAACAUGUGCGAAUCCACACCGCCCAGGCCCUGGUCAUGUUCCAAGCUGACUCUGACUUCUACCAUCAGUACACUGUAGCUGCCACCACCGUGGGGGAAGAUGUUACCACAACCUGGCAACCCACUUCCGAGCAGAUUAUCCAGGGAGGGGAGCUCGUCUUCCACACCCGAGAGGUUGAGGCGGAAGGGGAUGAGGUGACUCAGGAGGAGGGAGGAGAGGUGGUGGCCCAAGCUGACCCCCAGCCAGAGGAGGAAGAUGAGGUUGUGACAGAAGAAGGACAAGGAGAAGAGAUGGAGUGUGGAAUGUGCAGUGAUGUGGCACUCAAGAAUAAGAAUAAAAUGCAAAGCAGUCAAGUUCUUACUGGGGUCUGACAAUACCUCAUACGAAGCUGCCAGUCUCUGGGUCUCUCUGAGUCUCUGCAUCAGUGACAUGAACAUCUGUGUCCAAAGUUUGGGAAGAAACCGUUUGGCUUGUUUUUUGGACAUUGUAUAAAGUAAAAUUAUAUAAAAAAAGAAGAAAAACACAUUGCUAUAGGCCUAUCUGUGUGUUUUACCAUUACCUUGAAAAUAAAUAUGUGUUUAGAGUUAAAUAA